AUGUCUUCACCGAGAAAAGGGUCGUCUUCAAAGGCCAGCAAUCACUAUCAUCACCACCAGCUGCCAUCUCCCGGGUCUGAUGGGUUAUCGCCGCGGUCCGCUCCAUCUACAAGAGCAACCACUCCAGACAGGGACUCUGAUUCCAACAAGCUAUUCAACAAAUAUACAGAACUACUGGAUAUCUCGCCCCACCAUGUGGAGGGCGGAGUCCCAGUGUUCAAGCCUACCAUUGACGAGUUCAAAGAUUUCUAUCUAUUCCAAAAAUCGAUCAAUCGAUAUGGUAUGCAGUCAGGCAUAGUGAAGGUGAUACCACCGCAGGAAUGGAUCGAUUCGCUUCCAGAGCCUGAUUCAGAGGUGCUUUCUAGUGUGAAAUUCCAGAAACCUAUAAGUCAGCAAAUCAGUGGAACCAAUGGACAGUACGCUAUCCAGAACAUCGAGAAGCAGAAGAACUACAAUCUGAUCCAAUGGAAGAAGCUAAGCAUGGAGUCGAACUUCCUGUUACCUGUUCCAAGAGGUGAAAACCGGGAAAAGCCCAAAAUUUCUGAGGAAGAAAAGUUUUUCUUUGAUAAGGCCAAAAAGGCUACAAAAAACGAGAUUACGCCGAGUCUCUUUGAGAAUUUCCCUUACAACAUCGACACCUCCAUGUACACACCCGAAAAAUGUGACUUUCUCGAACAGCAAUAUUGGAAAACUUUGACCUUUUCUUCACCUUUUUACGGUGCUGACUCUCUGGGGUCACUUUUCCCUGGCAAUUUUGGGCCUUGGAACGUUGCCCAACUGCCGAAUCUACUGGAUUAUCUGCCUGAAAAACUACCUGGAGUGAACGACGCCUACCUAUACGGCGGAUUGUGGAAGGCUACAUUCUCCUGGCACACAGAAGAUCAAGACCUGUAUUCUAUCAACUACCUCCAUUUUGGCGCUCCAAAACAGUGGUACUCGAUACCUCAGGAUCAGCAUGAGAAGUUCUACAAUGCCAUGGCAGCCGUUUAUCCAGAGGACUACAAGCACUGUUCAGAGUUCCUAAGGCACAAGACCUUUUUGGUAUCGCCAGCAUUUCUGUCGAAGCACGGUAUUCAUGCAAACAAGAUUGUACAUAGAGAAAAGGAGUUCAUCAUUACUUAUCCAUACGGCUACCACUCUGGGUUCAAUUACGGAUAUAACCUAGCAGAGUCUGUGAAUUUUGCUCUUGAAGAGUGGCUGGACAUUGGGGUCAUGACGAAGAAAUGUGAAUGUGUGUCUGACUCUGUGGGAAUUGACAUGCGAAAGUUCAUGAAGAGGUUGAAUGGUGAUUACUCCAUUACGGAUGACGAAUUAGAGGAAGAGGACGAAGAGGACGAAGUGGUUGAUGAGAUGGAAGAAGAUACUACUAUUCAAGUUAAAAAGCAAAAGGAUGCUACUGCAAAGAUGAAAGAAGUUCUUCCGGCUCCCGCGGAAAAGGUAAAGUCUCCUCCCUCUCAAUGCGUUCUGUGUCCUAAGAAUCUCUCGAAAAAGCUUCUCAAGUUGAAGAGUUUUGAGCUUCUUGAGGUGGUGGACUUUGCGCGGACCAAAAAGGUACACUAUGCUCAUAGACUUUGUGCACAGUUCAUUCCCGAAUUGCAGAUCUUGAGCAAAAAUGAAUACAUGGCUUCGGUCGAAGCAGGAAAGGAACCAAUGAACAUAGAAUCCGAGGCAAUUAAGUCGGUGUCAGCUGAACCAGAUGUCAACCCCAAACAGGAAGUUCAAGACGAUCGGGAUAUUGUUCUCGGGUUCCCCAAUAUACCUACGGCAAGGAGACGUCUCAAGUGCAGUGUUUGUCGUCUUGAAAAUCCACAGAGGUCCGGAGGUUGCUUCCAGUGUGGCCUUGGAAAGUGCGCUAGAUCUUUCCAUGCCAUGUGCGCCUUGGGAGCAGGUAUUCUGCUUUGUAAUCCAUCGGAAGGUGGUGAUGCUGACGGAAACGAGGGACACAGAUGCAAACUCCACAGGCCCAGAAACAGCACCUACUCAGACGAGUACGUCAAAAGUUACCUGGACUCUAUACAACCGGGAAAGUAUAUUCAGAUUUCUGUUGGAAGCGAGUGGUUUGCAGGGGAGGUGAUCUGUAAUAACAGAGGGGAGUCAUCUGUGGAAGUUAGUAUAUUCUCCUCCAAACUUUCAGAUCGAUUGGAAAUCAUGUAUGAGAACGUGCUGAUUCCAAGCGCGAAUUCACUGGAUAUUUCGGCCAAGAAUAUCUCGCUUCAUGCACAGAGAGAUGAGCACACCAGACUGCUCGCUGAGUUGGAGAAAAAUAAGCUUAAGCAGCAGUCUAAAAGCGAGGAGCAAGAAGCAAAGAAGGCACAGAGAAAACUCGACAAGAUGAAGAAAUUGGAUGAGAAAAAACGAAUUGCAGAGCUGGCGAAGCAGAAACGUCUACUGGAAGAUUUCGAUGUAACAGGUUAUUCGUUUCCCUCGCUUUCCAAGACUGUGGACGGCAAUUUCAUCGUUGAGGUUGUUACCUCUGAGCAGUCCAAAGAGCCCAAAGAAGUCAUGGAAGAUUCUGCAAGAUGGUGGUACUAUAAACUGAAAGAUUCCACCGAGCAAAUUGCUAGAUACUGCGAUAACGCCUAUUCAAACGAGCCCAAUGACCCCAUCUACCUCCGAUUUCUCAAGAAAAGAGCUCAGGAAGCGAACAGAAAGAAGCGCAAAGCAGAGCAGGAAUUGCUGCAGACGCAAGCUGCAUUGAAAGUCCCGAAACUCGAAACACCGUCACAGCCUUUGGUGUCUAUUCUACAAUUCCAUUCUUUCACACCACCUCCUGUUCAUCAGGUCCAACCAAUCUUGGCACCACGUUGUGAAGCUUUCAAUCUGCCAGAGAUGAAGACUUUUGUAAACGUUGCUCUCCAAUCACAGGCUUCAAGUGAUUCUCUUCACGAUACUGCAGGGCAGAAAUGA